UCCCUUGGUUGUAGCAAAAACAGAAAGUUGAGUGUUUACUGUGUGUAUCACCAUCGUCAUCAUAUUCUUCUUCCUUCCGUAUCUCCUCCUUUUAUUCUCUCUCUCUCCCUCCCUCUCUCUCUCUCUCAUUUUCAACGGUUCAUCAUUGCAUGCACCCUAUAAUGGAACCCUAGGAGUUUUCAGUACUCUUCUACAACACGUGGGUGCUCCUAUAUUAGAACACUAAAAACAUAUAAUUAGUCUCUUUCAAUGGCUUGUUUGGGCGACGACACUUGGUUCGCUCUUUCUCAAAUGCGCAGCGCCUCGUUAACCCUCCAAGAAAACUCAGAAAAUUUUGGACCCGAUAAUUCAGCCAUGGGAGAGUACCGCUUGGAAAAAGUCUUUCCAGUUUACGCUGUUGGAGUAUCCGAGCCCGACCCGAACUUGAUCGUCUCAGUUGACAAUACAGCUUCUACUGUAGGUGACCCUAUCUGGGAUGCUGUUAAGCUUGACGCUAAGUUGGAGGCAGAGAAGGAGCCAAUAUUAAGCAGCUUCUUGUAUGCGAGUAUUUUGACUCAUGAUUGUUUGGAGCGGGCAUUGAGUUUUGUUCUUUCCAACCGCUUGCAAAAUCCUACACUUUUGGCAACUCAAUUAAUGGACAUAUUUUCUGAUGUAAUAAUGCACAAUAGGUGCAUCCAAUGUUCUAUUCGACUUGAUUUACAGGCAUGUAAAGAUAGGGAUCCUUCUUGUUUGUCAUACUGUUCUGCUCUUUUGUACCUUAAGGGUUAUCAUUCUUUACAAACACAUCGAGUUGCACAUGCAUUAUGGAAACAAGGGCGCAAAGUUUUGGCAUUGGCAUUGCAAAGUCGAGUUAGUGAGGUUUUUGGAGUUGAUAUACAUCCAGCUGCCCAAAUUGGAGAGGGAAUUCUUCUGGAUCAUGCGACUGGUAUUGUUAUUGGUGAAACCGCUGUCAUAGGGAAUAGAGUUUCGCUAAUGCAGGGGGUAACCUUAGGAGGAACUGGGAAAGAAACUGGUGACAGGCAUCCCAAAAUAGGUCAAGGUGCACUCAUUGGAGCUAGUGCAACUAUACUUGGAAAUAUAAAAAUUGGGGAAGGUGCAAUGGUUGGUGCUGGUUCCCUUGUAAUGAAGGAUGUCCCUCCCCACAGUAUGGUGACAGGAAUACCAGCAAAGGUGAUUGGUUAUGUAGAUGAUCAAGAUCCAUCUUUAACAAUGAAGCAUGAUGCCAGCAAGGAAUUUUUUAAACGAGUAGCCAUUAGCUGCAAUGAAGCAAGAUCUAACGGAGCUGUGGCUUCAGAGAGGGACGAUGGUGCAACGUGAGAGAUUAAUGAACUCCAUUUGACUUAACUUACCCCAUUCACUUCAACAUGGUGAAAAUGGUUUUAGUGUUUUCACCAUCUUAAAUAUAGGAUUCUGAAAAGAAAAAUAAGGCUCCUUUAUAGAUUGAUGGUCAUUCAAUCUGCGUGUAAUGCCAUGUAAUUUGUGCCAAGAUGAAUUAUGUAUUUGUUAUUCCAAGAGAUAGUCAUUUGUAUAUUAGACUCAUCAUUCAGCAACAUUGUUGUUUGAAUUAGUGCCAGAAUGAGGCCGUUUGCAAAUAUUGGGAGAAACUGCUGUCUAGUGUUGUUGACUAAAUUUUA